AUGAGAGCAUCGCGUAUUUGUGGCCCAAAUUAUGAGUUAACUGAGGAAGCCAAGAAUGAGGUGUUGCUUUCUGUUACCAUGGUAUUGGAACAAGCUCACAAGCCGACAACACUGUGGUGGCUGAGGUAUAUCAUAGAGCAUGCAAAACUAUGUUUUAUGACACAUCGCCCGGAGUGUAAGCCCGUGCUUUAUCAGCCACUAACGAGUACUCCUGCAUUCAUCGGCGCAUCGGCAUCUUUGGAAUAUCGGACCGAAAUCUUGGGGAGCAAUGGACGCCUUGGAUGUGCGUGUGAUGACGACUUCGAGGGACAGGGAGCGGUGUUUUGCCUUUUCGAGCGAGCGAAUAUUCCUAGAUCUGUAAUCGCUGAGAGCAAGAAUUAUUCCAUCAGCGCGUAUGGAGUUGUAACCUCUUCCUAA